UUUACAAUAUAAAAUCGAGAUACUGGAGAUAAAUAAGGUAAUAAAUGUUCCUAUUAAUCUGAUCUUAUUUCCAAUAGAAAGAGAGUCCUACAAGAUCUGGAAGUUGAAAUUUAAAAAGAAAGGAGAUCAUGGUACGUAGGCAAAAUUUUCCUGAGAUCAUGGAAAAAAUGCUGCUACCUAGUUAGGAAUGGGAAGAGUAAGUUUAUACAUGGUAAUGGCAAUUUCUUUAUUUAGUAUCAUAAUAGCCAUCCAUCAAAUCCUUGAUUCUAUCAAAUAAUUGACAUUCAUUAGACAUAGAGUUCUAUUAAGAAGACUAGCUUGACCAAAAAUGGUCAAGAACAUAGACGAAACCAGUAAAGCCUGAGAUCCAUUUAAGAACUGUGCAAGCUGGUGAAAAUGCUUAUAGUUCUAUCAAAUAAUUGCCUCUUAUUGCAUGCCUUGUCUAAUAUCUCAUUGUUUUUCUAAUAUGCUUUACAAGGUGUUUUAUUCAUAUGGAUGAAAUCAUGACUUAUGAUUGACAAAAUGUUUCAUGUCUUUGUUGUUGCAUUGUAAGAAAAACAAAUGUCUAAGAAGAGCCAACAUACCCUUGCUGGUCCAUCAACCCAAGAUGAGAAGAAGAGGAAGGCCAUUUGGAAUGAAAAAUUGAUAGAGGAGUUUAUCGAUAUAUGUAUUGGUGAAGUUGAAGCUGGUAAUCGCCCAGGAACACAUUUCAAUAGGUUACGGUGGGCCAAUAUAAUUAAGAAAUUCAAUGAGAAGACUAGAAAUCAAUAUGACUACAAAAAAUUUAAAAAUAAGUGGGAUAACCUGAAAGCAAAUUGGAGCAUUUGGAUGAAAUUGGUGGGAAAGGAAACAGGACUUGGAUGGGAUCCUGUUAGAAAUACAAUAGAUGCACCAGAUGCAUGGUGGGAAAAAAAAUUGCAGGAGAUUCCUGAUGCAGCUAAGUUUCGAGAACGUGGUCUACAACAUGCCAUAAAAUUGGAUAGGUUAUUUAGAGGUACUAGUGCCACUGGGGAGGGGGCCUGUGCACCAGCUUUACUGGUGCAGGAGGAUGUUGAGGACACAAUUGAAGUAUAUGAGAGGUUGGAUGGGGUUAAUAAUGAUACAUUUGAGGGCUUAGGUGACUCAGAUGAGGACCAUCAUAUGAUUGAGUAUAAAAUUGAUGAUGUUCCCACUGAUAAUUUUAAUGUUAACCUUACUCUUGCAUCUGAUGCUAUCCAAGAGAGAGGAAAGAAAAGAGUUAGCUCUACUUUGCAUGAUAAGAAAUGCAAGAAGGUUGGGGGUGCUGCACAACUAUCUCAGCAAUUGAGUCGUCUUAUUGAUGCAGUGGAGAAGAAAAGUACAGUGCCAUCCAAGAUGAUUGAUAAACCUGGACGUAGUAUCGAUGAGGUGAUGGACGUAGUGCAUAUGAUGCCUGAGAUGGUAGCACAACCUGAACUGCUUUUGAUUGCUGCUGAGGUGCUCCUUAAAAGAGAACAUCGAGAGAUGUUUAUGGCACUCCGAGAUACCAAUCUUCGAAUUGAAUGGCUCAAGCGAAUGUCAAACUUACAUAAGUAGUUGUUGACGUACUAUUAUGGCAAUAUGUUUUGUAGUUUUAAUUAUGAACUUCUAUUAUAGAAUGAUGAUGGACUAUAUGUAUUUGUGGUAUCUCUUGGAUAAUGUAUCGUGGAUGCUAUUGAUUUUAUGGAUAUUAUAGAUGUUAUGAUUUUGUGA